UCCAAAUUGGUUCAAAAUGGCUCAUCAGCACUAGAGGCGAUCUGGGCAACCUUUCAGAACGGCCAGGAGGCAGCAGACAUCUUUGUGCUGUGUCCAAGUCCCAUCCUGGCUACCUGCCUGUUCAGCAACAGGGUUAAGCUAAGGCUUCUCUCCCCUUUGGUCCAAGCUGGCCUACUUAUCCCAGUUCCCAGGACAGGCUCAAUGGGGAGGGGAGGUGGGGCUUGUCUGGGGGAUAUAAACUGAGCCACACCGGCCUGUAGGAGGAGUAACCGGCAAAGGGCUUGGUAGAAGCAGCUUGCUUGGACAAAACCACUCUCAGGAAUGGACAUUGCCAAGAAAUCGUUGUGCCUGCUUUCCCCACGAUCCCUUUCUAAGUGUGUCUCCGCCAGUGCCUCCAUGACGCAGCAACUCCUCUCCACCCCUGCUCCCUGUAUCCGGCCUUACCGGGUGAACAACUGGGACCGCACCCUGCGCAAGGGGAUCAUGGCCGACAGCCUGGGGGACCUACUUGAGAAGGUGCACAGUGCCCUGGGCUUGGUGGGUACCAUAUCGCUCGUCUUGGAUGAAGAUGGCACGAGUGUGGAGACGGAGGACUUCUUCCAGACGCUAGAGGCAGGCACGGUGCUGCUGGUACUAACCGAGGGACAAAUAUGGCGCCCACCCAAGACGGGGGGCUACCAGCUCGCACUCUCCCACAAGCCCCGGCGCAGGAUUGACGUGGCCUGUGUGACCUUCGACCUCUACAAGACCAAUCCUCAGGACUUCAUUGGCUGCUUGAACGUGAAGGCCACUCUCUACGGCACGUAUAGCAUGUCCUAUGAUAUGCAGUGCUACGGGGCCAGGAAGCUCAUGAAGGAAGCCCUACGCUGGACCCUCUUCACCAUGCAAGCCACAGGCCAUGUGCUGCUGGGCACUUCCUGUUAUAUGCAGCAACUGCUGGCUGCCACGGAAGAGGCGCCGGAGAAAGACGACUCCGCCAGGCUGUGCAGCCUCCCUGCUCCUCCCCUCAGGAAGAUGCUCUGGUGAGGGCGAGUCCCACUCCAAUGGGGAACCUGCUGGCAUCUUGCAUGCAACACUCCCACUGCACGCCGAAGGUGGAAGAUGGACUCUGGCACGUAGAGUCCGCUAUCGGGCCACAUGGCAGAAACUGUUGGGUUGGGGGGCAAACCCAGGAAGCGCCCACCUGCUGCAGAGCACUGAUCUGGUCACUCCUAUUUAUGCUGUUAUGGAGGGUUCUUCUUGCAAAUGGCCAGGAGGCCCUGCGGUACAAGUGGGCGGGGUGGUGGUGGUUUCCUUGCUGGCGAAAGCCAACCGCCCUAAUCUCACCUGCAACUUUUACAGGACGCUGUUUUUAUGAAUGGGUGAAUUGAGAUGGUUACUUGCCAAGUCCCACAAUUGGAUUGGUGAAUACGCCAUUAAAGAGCUGCUUUUUCCUUA